AUCACAUUUAACUGACAAAGACUUAACUUGUUCCAUGAACCUUGACCUCUUUGUAUAUUUUUCUGAAAGUAAAUUGUUCUUGUGUUUAACCUACAGUGAUCUGAAGCCGGACAACGUAUUGGUGGAUAAAGACGGCCACAUAAAGAUCUGCGACUUUGGCCUUGCAAAAGAGAACAUCACUGGCCAGAGGAAUAACUACGGCUUAGCAGGAACCCGUGGAUAUCGGGCACCAGAGGUUCUAUUACAGGAUGAGUACAAUGCAGCCGUGGAUUGGUGGUCUUUCGGGGUGAUAAUGUAUGAAAUGGCCACAGGUAAAUUGCCAUAUUCAACAUCAGGCAGCAUUCUAAAUCAGACCUAUGCGAUAAUGACGGAAACACCAGAUUACCCAUCUUAUAUGAGCGAGGAAAUGCUGGACCUCCUGUCUAAGCUUUUGGAGACUGAUGACACCAAACGAAUUGGACUGAAUGGGAACAUCAGGGAGCAUCCUUUCUACAGCACUAUCAACUGGGAUGAUCUGGAAAAUCGAAGACUGGAGACACCUUUUCAGCCAGGAAUGCCAUCUGCGGACGACUUCUAUGAAUUUCCACUACCAUUCUCCACUCAUAAUUGCAAUGGAAAGAAUUUAAAAGAUUUCUCAGAAGUUGAUCCCAACUGGAAUUGGCAGGAGUAAGGCAUGACCUCUGUUCUAACAUGGGAUACCAUCAUUAGUUGCUGCCUGUAACAACCUGAGGCCUUUAACAUCUGUGGCAAGCUGCACCCCUAAACAACCAAUCCACCUGCUGUACCAAACCUAAACCAUCUCCUGUGACUGUCACCUGGUUCUGCCAUCAAAGCCAGCACCAGACGGGAUCUCUGACUGUAGCUUCUAAAGGAUGGAAAGGUACAAUGGUGAGGUUACAUCUGGAAUGAAGAGAUUGCUAAACAUAACCAGGUUACCCCCACCCUCCCCCAAACAUCUGCCUCCCUCCUAUUCCCUUACCCGUGAUUAACCCCUUUCCUAAGUGGCCCACUCCAGUGGCAUAACUAUAAAGGAAGCAGACCCCAUGGCCGCGGGGGGCACGGAUCUACUUCCUUUAUACUGUCUCCUUCCUUAUCCCUGAUUUCCCUCUUUUCUAAUCACUAAACCACACCCCAAACUUCUGUCUCUCUCAUUUCCCCUACCCAUGAUUGACCCCUUUCCUAAGUGGGUCACACCAGCAGCAUAACUAUAAAGGAAGCAGAUCCCCUGGCCG